GCAGUAAUAAAUGAAUACGGCUACGGCACGAGCCAGGCAACUAUACACAUUUGCGUGCCUAGCCCAAAAGGAGGAAAAUCACGGUUGUCAUGGGGACGCGUCUACAACAUGGGACACGGCGCCGUAUAUAAUGUUGCAGGGUAACUUGAAAGCGAAUUUGCUGACUUGUUAAUGCAAAGCGCAUUUGUUUGCAUUAAAAUAUCGAAGCAACAAAUGGCAGAGCGCAACUAACGAAGUGAUGUCAAAGAAUAAGACUACGGCGUAUAAGGGUCCUCACAGCUACCAAAAAAGGAGGGAGGGAGAAGGAAGAAGCUGUGUGCGAUACAAGUGUGGACUGACCAACACCAUACAGGAUGUGCUUAGACAGAGACCAGGUUGGGUUGAGGUCAAAGAUGACAGCGAAUGGGAUUUUAACUGGUGUGAUGUCAGCUGGCUGAGGGAGAAUUUUGAUCACUCCUACAUGGAGGAACACGUGCGAAUAUGCCAUUUCCGCAACCACUACGAGCUGACCCGCAAGAACCUGAUGGUGAAGAACCUGAAGCGGUACCGGAAGAUUCUGGAGCGGGAGGCUGGCCGGCUCGAAGCGUCCAAAUGCGACUUCUUCCCCCGUACCUUCGAGCUGCCCAGCGAGUACCACCUCUUCGUGGAGGAGUUCAAAAAAAGCGCAGGCAGCACCUGGAUCAUGAAGCCAGUGGCACGGUCACAAGGGAAAGGCAUCUUUCUGUUCCGCAAACUCAAGGACAUCAUAGAUUGGAAAAAGGACGGUAGCCGCGCCGAGGAGCAGAAGGAUGAGGUCCAGGUUGAGAGCUACGUGGCACAGCGCUACAUUGAGAAUCCCUACCUCAUUGGAGGUAGAAAAUUUGACUUGAGAGUCUAUGUGCUGGUGACAUCAUAUAUUCCGCUGAAGGCUUGGCUGUAUAGAGACGGAUUCGCCAGAUUCUCCAAUACCCGGUUCUCCCUUAACAGCCUGGAUGAUCAGUACGUGCAUCUAACCAACGUAGCAGUGCAAAAAACAGCACCAGACUACGACCCUGAAAAGGGCUGUAAGUGGCAGAUGCAGCAGCUUCGGCGGUACCUGACAGCCAGGCACGGUGCAGAGACCGUGGAGCAGCUUUUCAGGGACAUCGACACCAUUUUCAUCCGCAGCCUCCAGAGUGUGCAGAAAGUUAUCAUCAAUGACAAGCACUGCUUUGAGCUCUACGGUUACGACAUCCUAUUGGACCGGGAGUUAAAACCGUGGCUGAUUGAGGUGAAUGCCUCGCCGUCGCUAAGCGCUAGCAGCCAGGAGGAUUACAGAAUGAAGUACGCGCUGCUGGAGGACACGCUGCACAUCGUGGACAUGGAGGGCAGACUCAGUGGCAGAGAGAAGCAGGUGGGGGGAUUUGACCUCAUGUGGAACGAUGGCCCGGUUUUCAAAGAGGACAUGAGCCUGGAAACGCUGGACAGCUCCUGCUAUACAGCAAAUACACACCUGGGAUGUGUCAAUGAUCGGAAGAAGCAGCUUCGACAGUUCCUCAAGCCCCUCCCGGGACAUAAGAGAAUAAACCAAUCACAGCCCACAGUUCCUCAAGCCCCUCCCAGGACAUAAAAUAAUAAACCAAUCACAGCACCCCGUCCAGGAAAUGAAAGAAUAAACCAACCACAGCUCACAGUUCAUAAGCCCUUCGCAUGACAUAUGGGAAUAAACCAAUCACAGUGUAUGGUUCCUCAAGCUUCUUCUGGGACAUAAGGGAGUAAGCCAAUCACAGUGUAUGGUUCCUCAAGCCUCUUCUGGGACAUAAGGGAGUAAGCCAAUCACAGUCUAUGGUUCCUCAAGCUUCUUCUGGGACAUCACAGCCCAGAGUUUAUGAAACCCCUCCCAUGACACAUUUAACAAACAAUGACUGCAGCUCAGCUGGAGGUCUGCAGAGCGACUGCACAGCUCAGCUGAGCGUCUGCAGAGCGACUACGUAACUCAUCUGGGGGGCUGCAGGAUCAGAAACGGCAGCAGUGGCUGCUUUGGUGCUUUUUGUGUCUGUUCUCCUGUACAUCAGAAGCAGGGCUGACCGAACCUGCAGGAUGGUAGAUCUGGAGAACCCCAUCCUCGCCACCUACUCGACCCAGCUCUCAGUUCAGGGACAGCUGCCUUCCGCUUGAAGCACAGCCCAGAAACUGCCCUGGGGAAGGUCAUUAUCGAUCUGCUCAUAGCUACCGAUGUAGGUGCAGUCAGCAUAUUGGUCCUUUUAGACCAAAGUGCAGCAUUUGACACGGUCAGUCAGUCACUGUUGCUGGAUCGUAUGCAGCAUUGCCUUUCCAUUCCUGGCACUGUCCUGGACUGGUUCAAGUCUUACCUGACUGAUAGAAAGGACUUUGUUAACCUACGUGCCUUCAAAUCGCCCCCAGCCCCUGUCAUACAGGGAGUGCCCCACAGCUCAGUACUAGGACCACUGCUUUUUCUGACCUACAUGCUACGUCUUGGUGAGAUCAUUCGAAGCCAUGGUCUUAGUUUCCACAAAUUUAUGUCAGCACCUCUCCUUCUAAUCUCCCUCCUCCAUCACUGCUCACUUGCCUCUAAGACUUAAAGCACCGAAUGACCGCCAACUUCCUUCAGUUAAAUAGCAACCAACCAGAAAUUCAACGUAUUGUAAAUAAUUCCCAACUAUCCAAACUCAACUAAACUCAUCAAAAAAAGUUUGGAAAUUUGUGUUUAGUCGAUCAUAUCUCUAUUGUUACUGUAUUAUUAGCAUUAUUUAAUUUAAUAUUAUUAUUAAUCCCAACUCAAGACCCACCUCUUCAGCAUAGGUUACCCAUAGCUUCUCUAUUGCCUUGCUUUGUACGUUUGUUGUUUGUAUGUUAUCUUCUGCUGCCUUAUGUUCUGUAUUAUUGUCCUAUGUAUACGUUUUGCCUUCUGUGUGUACUGUACUUGCUGUUUUUUAACCUUUUACCUUUAAGCAACCUUGGGCUCUGGAAAGGCGCUAUAUAAAUAAAAUGUAUAAUUAUGA